AAGAAACCCGAGCUGGCAGGAUGUCAUUUUCACCGCGUAUCAGAAGGACGUUGAUUUAUGCGCACGUCAUAUAAUUAUAAACCACCAGGAGGAAAGGAUACUUAUUCCUAAAGACUCGGUCAACACACAUUUGGUGUUCUUCGAUCAAAAGCAACCGGUGAACCACCGCUUUGUAUGAGUUACGUAAUUCCGAUCGCAAUCUGCAACGCGUUGAAUUCCGCUAGAGCGGAGGUAGGGAAUACGGAUGAGUGGUAUCGAUUGGAUGGACCCCCCCCCCGUGCACCCCACUGAACGCAUACUUCUAACCAGUUUAACCAACAAAGAUAGCAUGGUGCUUUGAGAGCAAAAUAUAUGUUAUGUAUAUAUCCUAUGAGAACGAGUAGCACUCUUUGAACGGAAAUAGUGAGUCGUAAUCCUACUUCUACUACAUCGCAUCGACACGAUUGCCCAGUGAAAAUGCAAACAGAAAUAGUUUCCAAAUAUAGAAGAAACUGCAUUAACUUUACGAUCAAUGGAGUGCCGCAUACCGUAUCAGGAUGCAUACCGAGUGGCACGUCACUCAACGUUUACAUCCGCGAUUAUGCGAAACUGCGUGGCACAAAGGCGAUGUGCCACGAGGGUGGCUGCGGCGUCUGUAUUGUGGCUGUGGAAAUCAAGGGCAAGACAAUGGCCGUGAAUUCCUGCCUUGUACCGAUACUGAUCUGCGACGGAUGGGCCAUUUGCACGAUCGAGAGUUUAGGUAACAGGCGAGACGGUUAUCAUACGAUUCAAGUUACGCUUGCUGACAAAAACGGCUCGCAAUGCGGAUAUUGCUCCCCCGGCAUGGUGAUGAAUUUAUAUAGUCUCAUUCAUGACAAAAAGUUGUCUAUGCAGCAAAUCGAAAACUCAUUCGGUGGCAACAUUUGUCGAUGUACUGGGUAUCGACCAAUUUUAGACGCGUUCAAAAGUUUUGCGACCGAUGCACCUGCGUCAAUGGUGAAGAAUAUUCGCGACAUUGAGGAGUUGUACAAGAUCAAAGCCUGUCCGAAGUAUGGGAUUCCAUGUAUCGAUACUUGCUGCGAUCAGCAACUUUCCCAUGAAGACACAACGUUGGAUAUAAAGUUAGCAGACUCGGAAUUUUUCAAAGUUUACUCGAUCCGUGAUCUAUUCGCAAUAUUUCGACAGAAACCGAAUGCUACUUAUAUUUUAAAUGGGGGAAACACUGCACACGGUGUUUAUCGCACAAACAAAAAAGAUCUCUACAUCGAUAUAAACGAUAUCCCAGACUUGCGUAAUAUUCAGAAAACCAAUCAGUACUUAGUCCUAGGCGGAAAUACAACUCUUACCACGGUGAUAGAGGCCUUCCAGAAGUACUCAUUCGAAAACAAAUUUAAAUAUUUACGUCAACUGGCUCAGCACGUAGACCUGAUCGCAAAUGUGCCGGUGCGAAACAUCGGCAGCAUCGCCGGCAACUUGAUGAUCAAGCACGCGCACAAUGAAUUUCCCUCCGAUAUGUUUUUGAUAUUAGAGACUGUCGGUACUCAAGUACACGUCCUCGAAUCACCCGCUCGCAAGCAGAGUGUGACAUUGUUGGAGUUUCUGAAACUCGACAUGUUCCACAAGAUCAUCUAUAGCGUGGUCUUGCCACCGCUAUCCGACGAGUACGAAUACAGAUCCUACAAGAUAAUGCCUAGAGCUCAGAACGCUCACGCUCACGUCAAUGCCGGUUUUCUCUUCAAAUUCGGCGCUGGAGGCAUGGUGCUGGAGAGGCCCAACAUUAUCUAUGGAGGCAUCAAUAAGGAUUUCUUCCACGCGACCAACACGGAGCUAAUGUUGAUAGGUAAAUCGAUCCUAAACAAUCAGGUGCUAAAGUCCGCUUUGAAGACGUUGCAUGAUGAACUGCAUCCGGACCAUGUGCUGCCGUCCUAUUCGCCGGAAUUUCGUACAACUAUUGCCGAAGGAUUAUUUUAUAAGUUUGUGUUGAGCAUCAAACCAGAGAUUGUAAAUCCCAGAUUUUGUAGCGGUGGUUUCGUGUUACAGCGAGGUCUCUCUUCAGGUACGCAAGACUACGACACGAAUGCGACAUUGUGGCCGAUAAAUGAGCCUAUAACGAAAUUAGAUGCUAUAAAACAGACAUCGGGCGAGGCUCAAUAUUGCAAUGAUCUGCCUCCAUAUCCUAGGGAGGUGUUUUGCUCUUUCGUGGUCACGAAAUGUGGUAGCGGCAAAAUUGACAGUAUAGAUGCGAGCAAAGCGCUUAGCAUGGAGGGUGUAGUGGCGUUCUUUAGCGCCAAGGACAUACCGGGAAAGAAUCUGUUCAUUUCGGCCGCCAGCAAGUUGACGUUCUUGCAGGAAGACGAGUUGCUUUUCGCCGAAGAGGAUAUUCUGUAUGCUGGUCAGCCAGUAGGCGUGAUCGUCGCGAAAACAAAUAAUUUGGCGAACGAGGCCGCAAAAUUGGUGGAAAUUAAAUAUAGCGGAUCUCAAACGAAGCCAGUAAUAAGUAUCGAGGAUGCACUUGCCACGCAAGACGACGCUAGAUUUAUGCAGAGUGUCAACGUCCCGGCGAAAAAGAAAGGAGGAAAUACUAAACAAGUGAUAAAGGGCGUCUUUCAAUGCGGCAGCCAAUAUCACUAUACCAUGGAGACUCAAUCUUGCGUAUGCGUUCCUGUGGAGGACGGUAUGGAUGUCUAUCCAUCAUCGCAAUGGUUGGACAUCACUCAAGUAUCGAUCGCGAAUUGCCUCAAUGUUAAGAAUAAUAGUAUCAAUGUGUAUGUGAGACGACUUGGCGGUGCAUACGGAUCAAAAAUCUCGCGCAACACGCAAAUCUCGUGUGCUUGCGCACUGGUAUGUCACAAACUGAAUCGUCCAGCGCGAUUCAUUAUGAUGAUAGAGAGCAAUAUGCAAUCGAUUGGCAAGAGAUACUCCACGCGUCAAGAAUAUGAGAUUGGAGUGGACGAUGACGGAGUUAUCCAGUAUCUUAACUCGAAACAUUGGGGCAAUUGCGGUUCCAGUUUCAGCGAACCACAAGCUGCCACGGUGGUUUUCUACAUGCAAGGUAGCUGUUAUGCGACCGAUAGUUGGACAUUCAACGGAUUCGAGGUGCGAACCGAUUUACCGUCAAACACACACUGUCGUGCGCCAGGAUCCACGGAAGGAGUGGCCAUGAUUGAAAAUAUAAUGGAACACAUCGCGAAAGUGACGAAAAAGGAUCCGGUACAGGUCAGAUUGUCGAAUAUGAACGAUGUAGAUAAGGCCGCAUUAGAAACCAUGGUAAAGGAUUUGUCGAAAUCGGCCGAUUAUGAGAUGCGGAAGCGGGCCGUUGAGGCAUUCAACAACGAGAAUCGUUGGAAGAAAAAGGGAAUCGCUAUUGUGACGAUGAGGUAUCCGAUGUUAUAUAUAGGGCAAUUCCACGCGAUGGUGUCGGUCUGCGCUCGAGACGGUUCGGUUUGCGUGACGCAUGGCGGAAUCGAAAUCGGACAAGGUAUAAAUACCAAGAUCGCUCAAAUAGCAGCUCACACACUGGGGAUCGAUCUCGAAUUAAUCUCCAUUAAACAAAGUAAUAAUUUAGCAACACCCAACAACUCGAAUACAGGAGGGAACAUUACUACGGAGACCUGCGGAUAUGCAACGAUCCGAGCUUGCGAAGAGAUUCUGGAAAGACUCGAGCCGAUAAGAAAAGAAAUGAAUAAUCCGAGCUGGAAGGAUCUCGUCUUCACGGCGUAUCAAAAGGACGUUGAUUUAUGCGCACGUUAUAUGAUGGCGGCCGCACAGAACGAUACAAUCAAGCCUUACGGCAUUUACGGUGUCACUAUUGCCGAAGUGGAGAUCGAUGUGUUGACCGGCCAGCAUAUUAUCAGGAGAGUCGAUUUGAUGGAAGACGCUGGUGUAAGCUUGAAUCCGAAGGUCGACGUCGGUCAGGUAGAGGGAGCUUUCGUGAUGGGAAUAGGAUACUGGACUUCCGAGGAUUUGGUGUACGAUCCUAAAACAGGAAUAUUAACGAAUGACAGAACUUGGAAUUAUAAACCGCCAGGAGCGAAGGAUAUUCCUGAAGAUUUCCGCGUAUCCUUACUCAAGAAUUCGGCCAACACAGUCGGUAUCUUUGGUUCAAAAGCAACCGGUGAACCACCGAUUUGUAUGAGUUACGUGAUUCUGAUCGCGAUCCGCAAUGCGUUGAACUCCGCUAGGGCGGAGGCAGGGAAUACGGAUGAAUGGUAUCGAUUGGAUGGACCAUGUACCACCGAACGUAUACUUCUAAGCAGUUUAACCAACACGAAUGACAUGGUGCUUUGAGAGCAAAAGUAAGAUUCAUUCGCAAAUAGAUAGAUGCUUAAAAUAGUCCUGCACUUAUUCGCUCUUUGAUCGUUUCCUAAUUGGAAUAAAUUUAGAGUCCUAACGACAAGACAAUUUAUCUACGUUUCGUCGAUACAAAAGAUUUUCGGGGUAAUAAUGGGACCAUA